AUGCCAACAGCUGUCUCGGAGAAGUUGAAGCAGGAACGGGAGAGAGAAAAGCAAAGAAAAGCUAAGAAGGACAAGAGAGGUUCCUGGUACGGUGGCUCCGCCAAAGCCCGUGCUGAGGACGAGUACAAGAUCACUAAACACAUCGCGGAAAUUUUGAGCCGUCAUCGCUACCUGGUCAAGCUCUGUAGAGCUCUCAUGAUGUAUGGCGCGCCGACCCAUCGGCUUGAAGCCUAUAUGGCAAUGUCAGCACGGGUCUUGGGAAUCGAAGGGCAGUUUUUGUACUUGCCAGGAUGCAUGAUCAUCUCUUUUGACGACAGCAGUACUCACACGACCGAAGUCAAGAUUGUCCGUGCAGGACAAGGUGUUGAUCUUGGUCGCCUGCGUGAUUGCCAUGAGAUAUACAAAGAGGUGGUCCACGAUCUCAUUGGCGUUGACGAAGCGACUCGUCGUGUCGAUGAGUUAAUGACACGAAAGGACAAAUUUCCAAAAUGGAUGCGGGUGAUCUUUUACGGAUUUGCAGCCGUAUGUGUAGCACCAUUCGCCUUCGAAGGGCGAUGGAUCGACCUACCAAUUGCUUUCCUCUUGGGUUGCAUAUUGGGCAUCUUGCAGCUUGUCCUGGCUCCAUCAAACGAAUUGUAUUCAAACGUCUUCGAGAUCACUGCCGCUAUCAUCACAUCAUUCCUCUCACGGGCUUUCGGUUCCAUUCGAAAUGGCGAGUUGUUCUGCUUCUCAGCACUCGCGCAGUCGUCCAUCGCCCUGAUCCUCCCAGGUUACAUCGUUCUUUGCAGCAGUCUCGAACUUCAAAGUCACAAUAUUGUAUCUGGAAGCGUGCGGAUGGUGUAUGCCCUAAUAUACACUCUGUUUCUAGGCUACGGAAUCACGAUUGGCUCCGUCCUGUACGGAUAUAUGGACGAUAAUGCGACCAGCUCUGUCCAUUGUACAAAUCCUCUGAACAGGAACUGGUAUCUGCUAUUUGUUCCGCUCUUCACGCUCUGUCUGUGUGUUGUGAAUCAAGCAAAGUGGAAGCAGACGCCCGUAAUGCUGUUUAUCUCGUUUGCUGGCUACUGCGUCAACAGCUACUCCAGCACUUAUUUCCAAGGCAGUUCGCAGAUUUCUAACACACUGGGAGCGAUGACCAUUGGCGUGCUUGCAAAUCUAUAUUCAAGGCUGGGUCGCCACGUGGAGAAUUUUGCCCUGGACCUGUGGGAGUAUCAGAUUGAGCCUCGCGUCAGACGAUUCAGGAGAGGCAGCAAGAUUCAUGAACCUGCAUACCCUCUGGGCCCAUACUCUUCUGCUUACGAUGUAGAACAGAGCACUGAAGAUCUCAAGGCGCACACGACGACCCACAUCCCUCGUCAAGUCGGAUACGGUCUGGCAGCUGCCGCCAUGUUACCCGCGAUCUUCGUUCAAGUGCCAUCCGGCCUGGCCGCUGGAGGAUCACUGCUCAGCGGCGUGACAAGCGCAGAUCAAAUCACCCGUAAUGAGACCGCGUCGAGUACAAGCUCGACCGGUGAUCUCAACGACACUGCUUUUACGGUUCUCUACAGCGUGAUUCAAGUCGCCAUCAGCAUUUCUGUGGGGCUUUCGAUUGCGGCUUUGAUAGUUUAUCCUCUCGGGAAGAGGAGAAGUGGGCUUUUCAGCUUCUAA